GUUCUAUUUUGCUGUUGUCGCUAGGCUGGGAAAGCAGCAAUUUUAUUGUCAGUAAGAGAAAAUCGAAUAUGUUGUUAUUAAAAGAAACUAAUAUGGAUAUAAGUAAAACUUGGAUUCAUUGCAUUGAUGGAAAUCUUCCCUCUCAGUACGGAGUAAACUUGAAGAAUGAAGAUAAAAAUAAGACAAUUUCAUUGACUGAUGCCAAUAGUCUUGUGGAUGAUAUAACCUCUGGAUCCAAAUGUAUGUGUUCAACAAUAAAGAAUAGCCAGGAUUCCAUUACAAUGGAUAAAUUCGAUUGUGAAAUGCUUUGGUACGGAAAAAGGAAUUGUUCAAUUAGAAGUGAUGAUGUUUCCAAGAUUUUAAAUUCUAAAAGUCGUUUGUUUAACCAUAGCAAUAUUAAUGCAAUGGAAACGACAAGAGAAGAAAUCCAAGAUUGUUUGAUGAUUCGUAGUAAAUUUCGCUUGCCCCCAUUUUCGCUUAACAGAAUGCUCGCAUUUAAUAAUUUCCCUGAAACUCCAAUAAAUUAUACUGCUAUAUCAGAUAAUAAGUUUUUGUGUUGCUACGAUUUAUGGAAUCUAACGGGAACUGAAUGCACAGAACCUUCAAAGAAAUCGUAUUCAGAAACAGCGGAAGCUCAACCUUUCAGCUUACCCGGUCAGUCCAUAUCACUCCCAUGCACUCCUGAUCUCUUUUUAAAGGACAUAUUUGUUGGUGAUGAAUUCAUUGAGCACAACUGUGAUUCAUCAUUUGUUAAACGGGAACAUCGAAUCAAUAAUUGCUUCUAUUGUUCAUGGCCUGAGGAGUAUUUCGGCAGCAGAAGUAUCUCAGAAAUUGAGGUAUCAACUGAAGCAAGAGACCAAAUAAUAUCAAUGUUUUUAUUACAAGGGUCAAAAUGUUCAGUGAAUUCAAAGAAGUUGCUCAACUCAGUUUUCGUGAACCUUAUACUCUCAGAGCGUAAUGGUACGUCGUUUUAUCCACAAGCUGAUUUCUUUGCACUACUAAGCGGUAAUAACGUCUAA